CAUGGGCCGAUAUAAAAGGAUUCACGCACAUAUUGCAAUAAUAAGGUUCUAGGGCCGGCACAUUGGCCGAGGGAUGAUGGGUCCGAGCCAAUCAAUCAGCGAUCCAGAUUUAGGUAUAAGCUGUCCACAUAGUAGCGAUAGGGGAGACAGGGUAGAGUAGAUGAAAGAAUCCAGGAACGAUCCUUGACGAUGCGUGUGCAUCGGUGGAUGGGCGAAUAGUAUGGACUCGAGCCGGGGCCGGGUUUAUCAACCAGACUAGUACCAAAGAGUUAACCCCCUCUGAGGACAGGAAGCAGCGCAUGGGGCACAGCAGCAACACCUUCAGGGUUAGAACGGACAGUGCCCGAAUGGAAGUAAAGUAAGUCAGACAGGCGGAUCCGUAGUGGCCCAAGUCGGCUGCGGGGCUUCUAGCUAGACUCCCACUACUUCCACUACUACUAGUACUGCUUACUGCUUGCCUCUGGAUGGGUUGUCUCCACGACGCCAAACUAGCAGGGAUUAACGUGGGGAUCCAAGGUUCCUUGCUAGGAAGUAGGAAUAUUGAAUUCGAGCUGACCAAAAGUAUACCAUGGACACUUGCCGACUUCCAUCCAUUCCCAUUUGUCCGGUACCUGGGCCUUACCAAGCAUUGUUGCUUCCUUUCGGGGAGAGAAGGUAUUAUUGGAGUGACAGUACUAGUACUAUGCUCACGAGGAUGUAAUUAUUUUCCCUUUUUCCCCCAACUCCUAGCCGACUGUUUAGCAGCCACAGCCGAAAUAACUGCACAGACGGUGAGGAGUGGCCAAUAUGAGGGGCAUCUUUUGCCGCCUAAAUCAUGGAGCAAUAAGUUGUUCGCAGGUACGAAAUGGAGCGAUCGACCAUCGAACCCCACUUCCACUGCUGCAUACGUAUACUGUGCGACUCCUCUGUGUCUCUGUGUGUAUGCUGAUAGGUGUUUAGGUAUUAUGAAGUAUGAAUUUAGCACAAUAUACUCGCUCGUGGACAUAACCCACCCGAUAUCAAGUGCGACAGGAAACGGGGGAAAUUUGAGCGAAGCUAAUUAUACCGUUGACCACGCCUAAGUACUAGACUACCAAAGAACGUGCAAUUUAAUUCAUAAA